AAGGCUGGGCCUGGGGGGGAAGGUCGGACCCAGGAAUGGCGAGGGGAGGGAGGACAGGUCACGGUUGUGUUUUCCUUUGUAAAUUUCAAGUCACUUGUAGAUCAAGGGACAGAUGAUUUUUAUAGCAUGUAGAGGGGAGGUUGGAUGUAAAGGUCAUUGUGACUGUCAGUUUCUUGUUUGUUUUGUUAAUGUGAAUGAAAAGUUUUAAGGGGGGGGUAGAACUAGAACUUCGAACUAUAGAAGGGUAAAUUCAUCCCAAGAACUAUGAGGCUUUUUGUAAUGCCUCUCCGAUGGGUGGAACGAAUUGCUGGUGAUGUAUAUAUAAACACAAUGGCACUUGCAGUAUUAUGCCGAAGCUUACAGUCUCUCACACUGAGAAGGCAACAUGACUGUCAACAAAUAAUCAGGACUAUUCGUCAUUACAUAUUGAGCCCACAGAUAUAUUCAAACCACCUGCUAUCAGGACGAUUGCCAGUUAAUUCAACAAUGGCAUCUGUCAGUCAGCUGGGACAAAGUGAAUCAAAAAGCUUAUUGCUCAACUUGAGAAAGUCUGAAAUUCACACAUCAGCUGUUGUUGGAAAGUUUGUGCCAUGGAAGAAUACGCCAAAAUACACUAUCAGGCCUCUGGGUCUGAAAAAGUCAGCUGGACGUAACAGAACAGGAAGAAUCACAGUAACUGGACGUGGAGGGGGUCACAAACGGCGCUAUCGCAUGAUUGACUUCAAACGUAUUGGGCCAGAAAAGGGGGAACCACUUGUGGAGAAAGUGUUGGGUAUUCGUUAUGAUCCUUGUCGGACUGCUAACAUCGCUUUGAUAGCUGGUGGCAAUCGUAAACGUUGGAUUCUAGCGACAGUCAACAUGGAAGCUGGUGACAUCAUCAAAACCUCGGGUGCUAUUGGUAGAAUGACAGUUGCUGCAAACGAAGGAGACGCCUACCCCUUAGGGGCUCUUCCCAUAGGCUGUCUGGUCCACAACAUUGAGCUCUUUGAGGGUGAAGGUGGACGCUUUGUUCGAGCAGCUGGAACAAGUGCUCAGCUUAUUCGUAAGACAGGGGGUCAGGUGAUUCUACAGUUACCUUCCAAACAACAAAUCAGCGUCAGUGAGAAGUGUAUGGCAACAGUGGGUCGUGUCUCCAAUGAGAAUCAUAAUAAAAAACCAAUCGGUAAAGCUGGUCGCAAUCGAUGGCUUGGCAGGCGACCAUCUAGUGGUCUAUGGCAGAGGAAAGGUGGUUGGGCAGGCAGAAAGAUCAAACCUAUUCCACCCAUUAAGGUCUACCAAAGAGCCAACACAACAGGCACACAUAUUGAUGUAUGACAGUGACAGGUGAAAGUCUACACAAGGAUUUGUUGUUCUUCCUAAAACCUGUCUCCACAUAAGGAGAAAAAUGUCAUCAGUAAGUCCUCUCAGUCCUACUAGACUGUCCUCUUCUACUACAUUUCGUCCUCGGUUCUACUGUAGCACCUCUACAAGGAUCAGGGCAUUUUUGGCGGACUGCAAAUUUCUGUGCAACCAAACUGAACUGAAAUUUCACCAUGUAAUUUGAUCUGCAUGAGCAUUUUCAUUUGCUCAACACAAGUUUAUGUUCAUUGCAUUAUCAGUACAGUGUACUGUGACUUGGCCCUCCUUUUGCUGUAACCGUCAAACGCAGUAAAAAAUUCCUUCCAUUUCCCCUGUACAGUACAUGUACAUAUCAUAUGUCACUUGACUGAUUUUGACUGAUAGAACAUGUUUUGAGAGUGUAUCUUUGCAUAAGAGGGUUAAGCAACUGUUUAUGACCAACCUGUAUUUCAGCAAAUGACUAUUUUGCAACCUUGUUAGAGACUGUAAACUUUAAGCACACAUUGUCUUUUCUACAGACAUCUGGAGAUUAAGACAGAUCAAGUCCGUAUUCCCACAGCUGUCUUUGAAGAGCUGUGUCUUUUAUUAUGAAAAAAAAACCUAGUCUACAAUUGACAAUCCCUGUGUUCCUUCAAUGUAUGUGUAGCCGUGGAGAAAGUUUAGACCCUGCUCACCUGUUAGUGAAUUUCAAAAAAGAAACCAAAUUGUCAAGAAACCACAUGUAUUGUACUUCUUCAAAAUCAAAGCAAUAGACAUUUUAUGAGAAGUAUUGGGUAAUAAAUUACACAGAUUCAACUACAUCAUUUCCCAAAUGUUGCACAAUAAAAAACCAAAAGUUUACAAAUUA